AUGUUGGAUAUUCCACAGCCACCCCUGCCUCCGGGCCCUCCGGGCAGGCAGGGAGUUGCUCUCCAGGACAGCCCAACCAUGGCGUCUGCCUGUCCGUUUGUCUGUCCCCGUGCGAAGCUCCUGUUGCAGGACUCGCCUGCCGCGGGGCUGGGCACCGUCUCCCCCUCAGCGAAGGCAUGCACCGGGGGAAGCGCUGACCUCAUGAACUUCUACGCCACGAGUUACGCGGUGGCCCAUGGCCAGCCGCAUUUCCGUCCCCACCUCGGCCACCACACCAGCACCGGCUACGUGUCCAACAACCAGUCGGCCAUCUCCUGCCUGCUCUGCCCGUGCAGUGCAGCAGAGGGCCACUGCCAGGACACUGCCACGUCCACCGCCGCUGAGCACUUCAAGCCCCUCUGGCUCCCCGACGGUCAGAGCCUCCUGCCCCGGCACAUCCACCAGCCGGGGAGCGGGUACCUCCAAGAGUCCUCCCUUUCCUGCCUCCGCACUGGGGCGGUGAGCCCCCAGCAGACGCGGUUCCUCCAGGACCCCCCCAAAACAUCCAGGGAGCACGGCACCGAGAGCUGCCGCGCCGGUCCUGCCCAGCCAGAUGUCCUGCAGAAGACGACCAUCGGCACCAAGGAGCAGUCGGGAUUCACCAGGGCCACGCCGAGGAGCAACAGCAUCCUGCCAGCCCUGCCAGGCCAGCCCCUCGGCAUUAGCAUCACCACGACGGAUUACCUGCCUUCUGUGCGAAGCCACGGUGGCGAGACACUCCCGGUGUUGCCGGCGGGCUCCGAGAGAGGCAGCGGGUUCAGCCGGGAGGUGCCGGGCUGCGUGGGCACGGCGGGCUUGCCCGCGGUGGGCCACCCCAUCCCGCUCAUCUCCCGAGGGCUGCAGGCACCCCGAGUGACCCAGGCCAGCCGUCUGGGACAGCAGGGUGCUGGCAGGAAGGAACCGUCGGGGUUCACCACUAACCACGGCCAGUACGUGACCCCCCACCCGACCCUGUCCCCCACAGUCCCAGCUCGGUGUUGGCGGGAUCCAACCUGGACGGCGAGACCCGUGGGAGGCAUCCAGCCCCAGCGCCCCAGCGGCUUCAGCACCAACAACCGCCCCACCGGGCUGGGGGACAUCGUCGGCCACCUCCCGGCAUAGCCCCCCCGGGGUGGCCCGAGGUAGUGCUGCUGCACCCCGGGGGUCCCCGCCUCGGCUUCUUUGGGGACCCCCUAGUCCCUGGGAGCACACGGAGAAA